GUAUGACAUUAACUGAGUCACACGUAGAUACAUUAUUUUAGAGUACGGUUCAUAAUAAAAAAAAAAAUAAAAAUAUAUAUUCAUACACAAUUUUUAAAGUUUUUAGUUUAAAUAAUGUAAAAACAAAUAUAUUUUUUAAGUUUUUAUAAAAAGUGAAAAUUUAUUAGUUAAAACUGAAAUGUUUUAAAGAUAAAAUUAAAAUAGCUACAUAAAAUCAUAACAAAUGUUACGUGCAAAAAGUAAAAGUUUUAAACACUUAGAACCAGAUUAAUAGAUACUAUAAAAGUAUUUUUAUUUACCAAAUAAAAAUGAUAUUUAUUGAAAUAUUCGUGCAAAAAGUUUAAAAAGAAAAUAACUAAAAAGUAUAGAAUUCAUAUUUUGUAUGCUGCAAAAACAAGUGUUGAAUAAAAGGUGUUACUACGUAUUAACUGUAUUUAAAAUACAAAUUCGGAAAUGAUAGUUACUUCGAAUGUGGAAAAUUACGCUUUAAAUGGAACCGUUGAGAUUACUACAGUUUUGUCAGCCCUAUUUGGUGUGAUAGCGUUAAUGCUAUUAUUUUUUCUAUAUGUAAAUCGUAAAUGGUGCUUUCAUACCCGACGUGGACUUCACUGUUGCGAUGAGAAACAUUUGGCAUCAAAAUGUGUACAAAAGUUAUCCCGAAAACGUCGCUAUGAUAAUACAAGUUCUGAUUCAGAGGAAGAUAUUUUAAGAAGAUUACGCUUACAACAGGCUCGCAUAGCUUCUAAUAAUGGCAAUGGAAACUAUACAAACUAUGGAAUAAAUCAAUUAAAUCCAUUGUCGCAAAAUUUUAACUAUUUUAAUAGUGACCUGCAACGUGUAACUGUAGCACCACGCGAUACCUCUAGAGAUCCUUUAGCUAUUGCGGAAAGGGGUAAGGUUGGCGUACCUUCAUCGCAUAGUGAGUGCAGUUCUAAUGAUUCGGUAGAAGCAUCAAUUGACAGUCAUACGGGUAUAUUAACUGGUGAAAAGAAAGAACGACAUCCCUCUAUAAGCAAAACUUCCGAUAUUUCUAAUAGCACUUCUAUAAGAGAAUCUCGUAUAGAGCUAAAUACUGAUACAACUACUAAAACGAAUAAAUAUCAAAAGAUUAAUAGCUCAUCGAAUAUUACCACCCCGCCACGUCAAGAUAGUUUGGAAGAUGUACCCAAUAUUCAGUGUAAUAAUAACAACAAUGAAGAUGAACCCUUAUUUGAUACCAGCGAUUUAAGAUCCAUUAAAUCCGAUGAUAUUUCUAUGCAAACACAAUGCUAUGGCAAAUCCGGUAGUGUUGAAAUAUCUCUUUUAUACGAUGCUCCCAUGCGUAAGAUGACAGUUCAUGUUUUGCAAGCCCGCGGCUUGCCCACUUUGGGCAGUGGCCAACAAACGCAUACCCAAGUACGUCUUCUAAUGCUACCGAAUAAGAAACAAAAACACAAGACCAAAAUACGUUCAGGAGAAAAUCCUCAAUAUAUGGAGAGUUUUCUGCUGCAUCGUGUUACGCCGGAAGAAGUUAACAAUAUGGGUUUACGUGUGCGACUGUACGGUUGCGAACGUUUACGCAAAGAACGACUGAUUGGUGAGGCUUAUGUAAGCUUUGCUACCAUAGAUUUAGAAUUGGAAACAAAUCUAUGGCUGCCACUGGAGCCACGAAAUACAUCAUCGAUAUUGGGAUCAUCCAGUGAUCUAUUAAGUUUAGCUCGUUCCGAUAGUGCCGGCUCGACCACUUCAAUGCAACAUGGAGGUGUACCCGAGCUACUUUUAGGUUUAGGAUAUAACGGUACCACUGGACGUUUAACGGUUGAAAUUGUUAAAGGCAGUCAUUUUCGUAGUUUAAAUUUAAACAAGGCACCGGAUACAUAUGUUAAGUUAUGUUUAGUUAGUAGUAUAGGACAAGAGAUCUCAAGAGCAAAAACCUCAACGAGACGUGGUCAACCAAAUCCUCUGUUUAAAGAGACAUUUGUAUUUCAGGUGGCCUUGUUUCAACUUAACGAUGUUACGUUAAUGGUUUCGGUUUACGCCAAGCGUAAUAUGAAGAAAAACGAAAUGGUCGGUUGGUUUAGUCUGGGCCUAAACUCAUCCGGACCAGAAGAAGUGGCGCACUGGGUGGAUAUGCGCGACAUGGCGAAGGGGGAACUUUUGGCACGUUGGCAUGUUUUGGUGGAUUCCUGAUUCGAACAGUUGGGACAAUCUUCUCGACGUGGCAGUGGUCUAGGCCUAUUGGUCUCAUUUGCCACAACGAAAGAUAAGUCCAAAUUGAAAAAGUCCAAAGACGACGACGUGGAGGAAGAAAAUGAAAGUGGUACAGUAACGUCAAAAGCUGAUGUGGUUGCUGUUGAUAUAGAGACUGGUCUUGAAUUGGAAUUUGUGUAAAGGAACAAUACAAUUACUACACAAAAUUCCAAUUCAAAAUAUUUUCUAAUACAUAUAAGUAUAUUUUUUGGUCAACAACAAAAAACUUUGUUUAUUAAACAAAAAACACAAAGAAAAACUUUGGUAAGUGCAAAUAAUUUGUACAACAAUAUUGUAUUUGUAAUUUUUACACAAAAACUAUAAUAGUUAAAAUAACAACUUGGUAAAAUUCUUUAAGAAAUAUGUGAAUUUUAAAAAAAUAAUUCUACAAAACAAAAUACAUAUAUGUAGUUUUGUAUAAACCAGAGACGCUAUCAUAAGGAUUUUAAACUAAAUGGAUAUAAUUCAAUUUUUAGAAUGAUUUGAAAUUUAUUCACACUAUUCAUGUGAAUAUUUGUGUUAUAAUACUAUAAACUAAACUAUAUGAAUUUGUUUUGUUGGCAAGUCCAAUUUAUUUAAAAAAUUUGUUAAAUUCAAAUUAUAUCCAAAUAGCCUAUAAAGUCCUGGUAUUUUUUAAUAUCCAAAUUUGAGUAUAGAGUACUCUGGUAAAAAACAAUUUAAUAAACCACAAACACAAAAUUUAGCUUGUAAUUUUUUCGUCACUUUAACUUUUAAAAUACUACGCGCACAUAUUUAUUAAGUAUAAUUAAUUAAAUAUUUUUUUGGUAACCAAAAAUUAAAAAAUAACAUUAUUAAAAUAAUUCAAUACUAAACAUAAUUUUUUAUAUAUGAAACAAACUUAAAGGAAAUUACAACAAAACAAAAAAAAAAAAAAAUAACUAUUUAGAUAAACAAAUUAGUCCAUACUGUUUUUUAUACUUUACACUUAAACAUAAACAAAACAAGGAAAAAUAAUUAAUAAAAAAUUAUUUCGUGAUUAUUAAAGUUAUUAAAUUACAUAAUAUGUAUUACUAAAACAGAGAAAAACUGAUACCAAACAUAACUUCAGAUAUUUUUAUUAUAUAUUUUAAAUUUAUCUAUUAAAUGAUUAUUAAUUUAUCUUGUGAUAUAACUUAAUCAAAUUCAAAUUGGUCCUUGGUAUAUAUUAUUGUAAGUACGCUACAAAAUUAAUCUUGUACAAAUGUGCAAUGUUAACUCUACUAUUAUUAAAUAUGAAUGAAUAUUUUUCUAAAUUAAAUAAAUUAUAAAGAAUAUUUACGUAUAUAAGUAGGAAACGGAAAGUUAAUGAAAUAGGUUAGUGGAAAAGAGUUAUUGAUUUUAAUACCCCUCCACCAUUUACUGUUUACGCAAUAUUUUUCUAAACUAUACCACUAUUGUAGGGAUGGAACAAAGCCUAUUGUAAAUGGUUAAAAUCGGUCCCAUAUUUCGUCAAGCCUCUCUACAACCAUACCCCGAAUUGGGCUUUUGAGCUCAUAAUUAUGUUAAAUGUUCUAGUAUUUCAACAAAAAUCGGUAAAACUUAGUUUUAUAAAGAUUUAAGUGAUACUGCCGUAUCAGGCCUCAUUAAUUACAUAAUGAUUUGAAGGUCAAAAUUCUUCAGUUAUAGUUGUGACCAUUACAGCAAAGUUUUAAAUGGAUCCUAAAAUUAUUGUAGUAUGCAACUUACAACUUGAAAGAGAAGAGUUUUCAAUGUGGAAAUUUUAAAUUUCCAAUUUCGAAAAGUAAGACCGAUUUUAAUAGCUAUUUUCAUACACAACUUAGAAAAAUAUAAACAAACAGGUGACCUAUUGAAAUAUCUCACUGCUACAAUCUGGAUCUAAAACAAGAUUGAUAUACAUUGCGAUACAUCUGACAAGUGGUGUGGAUUUGUCUUUCUGGAUUACUCCCAAACAUUUUAAAUUUGGAAUUAAAGGUGGGGGGGUAUACAAACAAUAUGUUUAUAUUUUUAUGUUAUUUUUCUUUAUUAAUUAUUUAAAUCAAACUCGGAAUUUUUAGACAAAAAAUACAUAAAAAAUAUUAAGAAAAUCUAGUUUGAGAAUUAGAUUUUCAAAGCCAAAUAUAAAAUAAAACAGAAUUAUACUCGGGUUAAACUUCACAAAUUAACAUAGACAUUAUAAACAAAAGAAAAAUAGUUGGAAUGUUAUCAAUAUUAAAUAAAGGAAUAAAAAGUUUAUUAGAAUGUAAGUGAAAAUAAAAAAAGUUUGUGAAAAAGGGUCGCUGUUUAUCUCGGAAAAUUAUAAUCAAGGAAUCUAAUAUACUAAAAGGUUAUACAUUAUGGUGUCUCGUAGGCCACUUUAUUAUAGAAAUACGUCAUACAAGAAGGUCCUAGGAAACUGAAAUCCCUUUAAAAAAAGAUAUCUUGAGACAUAAUAAAUAAUGGAAAAUAAAUCCUCUCCCAAAAUUGCUUAAUACAAUUCAGAUUUUCGUUUCAAUUAAUUGCUAAUAAAUAUUUGUAUCUUUUGUAAUAGAAAUUAAAUUGUAAAUUCCAAAAUGGUAUUUUAGUUCUAUUUACACAAGAUCUAAUACACCGUUCACAUGAUGCAAUUAUUCGUAAUUAACGCUCUCAUUCACCAUUCAACCCCCAAUUACAUUCUGAAUGACAUGAUUGGCCAUACAAAAUUUCAGCUGCGAAUUACACAAGCUGUACGAAUUACGAAUGAAUGAGUGUCAUCUCUAAUAAAAUCACAAAAAAUGCAAAUAAAUAGAAAAUAUAUAACUUAAUUUGUUAAAAUAAUGUAAUAAACGUAUUUUUGUAUCAUACACACACACACACACUAAUAUUCCAAAAAAUGAUAAAAUAAUGAAUGAAAAAAAAAAACGACAUGGCGAUGAACUGUCAAAACGAAUUACGAAUGCGUCAUAGAAACGGGUUAAUUGGUUAUCGUCAUUCAGAGGCCGAAUUAAAUAAUUUAACUGCUAGUGUGAACUUCGUAUAAAUAAUUAGGCAAAAUUUAAAUAUUACACAUACGUAUGUGUUUUAUAUAACAAAUAUACUACAAACUAGGGUU